UCCUGCGGUGCUUCGGGAUCGCCACACGCACAGUCACCAACUACAACUCGGCCCACGACACGGACGUCAGCCUCACCAUGGACAUCUACUUCGACGAGAACAUGAAACCGCUGGAACGGCUCAACGCCGACUCCGUCUGGAAUUUCCACGUGUGGAACGACUGCUGGAUGACCCGGCCCGACCUGCCCUCGGGGUACGACGGGUGGCAAGUGGUCGAUGCCACCCCCCAAGAGACCAGCAGUGGUAUCUUCUGCUGCGGACCCUGCUCGGUGCAGGCCAUUAAGAACGGGCUGGUGUACCUGAAGUACGACGCGCCCUUCAUCUUUGCUGAGGUGAACAGCGACAAGGUGUACUGGCAGCGCCAGGCCGACGGCACCUACAAGAUCGUCUACGUGGAGGAAAAGGCCAUCGGGCACCUGAUCAGCACCAAGGCUGUGGGCUCGCACGAGCGUCACGACGUCACCGAUAUUUACAAGCACACCGAGGGCUCAGAAGCGGAGCGGAAGGCGGUGGAGACGGCGGCACGGCACGGCACCAAGGCGCACAUCUACAAGAACAAGGAGUGGGGCGAGGACGUGUCGCUGAGCGUGGAGACCUCGGAGGCCGUCAUGGGCCAGGACGUGAGCGUCCAGGUGGCCCUGAGCAACCGGGGCAGCAGCAGCCGCAGCGUGGCCCUCACUCUGCACCUGGCACCCAUGUUCUACACGGGCGUGACGGGGAGCACCUUCAAACAGGAGAGCCGGCAGGUGGAGAUCCCGCCGGGAGGAG